AUGGGAGCAGGUAACAAAGCGGUUCAGGAUAAUGAACCGAGGCCUGAGAACCCAGAAGUGGAUCUGUCUACACCGGGUAACCUCAGGCCAGCUGGGUCACACCUGGACGCUUUCCAUCGACGAUGUCUCGAUGAGAGAGUUGGAACGGAUGAACUUCCGGCCCUACUUCGGCUUCGGACUGGUGCAAUGCCGGCUCCGAAACCGCAGAGGCGCAGCAGAGAGAGUGCCAACAACAGACUCUCAACAGAUGCCGUCUGCUUACUUCCCGGGAGACUCAGAGGGGCAGAUGCAAACUCCGAUCACUUUCUAGUUAUUGCUAACAUAAUUCUAACAGAACGAAAAAAGGUAAAACAAAACAUCCAUAGAAAUAAAAACACAAAAUAUGACAUGAAAGAAUUACAAGUAAACGAGGUAUUAAGGAGAUAUAAAGCAGACAUAGAAAGAAGUCUAGACAAUACACCAGUUUUAAACAUGGCCAGCAUAGUAGAAAAGAAAUGGAAUAACAUAGAUAAUACCAUAAAAACAUCAACUGGGAAAAAUAUUAAUAAGAAAAAACGCAGAAAAGAAAAGAAUGGCUAG